UUCUUAUUCUUCUGUGGGAGUGUGUCUGUGGGAGCGAGUUAUGAAAGCUUUGGUUAUGCGAGCGGCUAAUUUCUUUUAGUGUUGCUAUUGUUUUGCUUUAGCACCACCACCGCCCAAGAGGAAGUGGAGAGCCGUAUCAAGACUGAGCACAUUUCCCGUUCAUGCUGUCUUGGGAGGACCUCAUAGGGUGGCUAAGAAAAUAGGUGGUGGGUUAACGAGUCAGUGAGAGCUGGGGACAUUGAUAGAGUCACUGCUGAUGAACACAAGGCAGAAGAGAGAGACAUGGACUACUGGACUGGAUUAUGUUUUGUCAACUUUCUGAUUGUUGUCUCCGGCUCCCCUGAUUCUACUCAUUUCUACUCUGUAGAUUUGGACAUGCAUCCGUUUGAAGCUGCUCAGACUUUAUGUGCAUCUGAUGGGUCUCUGGCUAACAUGCCCGACAGUGAAGAAACUUCAAAGAUUCUGAAAGUCAUUCAGGGCAAAGGAGACAACACCUCUACUUCAUUCUGGAUUGGCCUGAAAAAAGACAAGAAAAAGUGUGUUCAGAAAGAUUUUCCACUUAAGGGUUUCCACUGGAUUGUAGAUAACAGCACUAAAUCUGAUCUUGAAUGGAAAGAAGAACCAAGUGGUACUUGCACAAGUGCACUUUGUGGAAUACUUUCUGUGGAGUACAGAGGCUCUACAAUAGCCAACUGGGGAUUAGCUGCUAAGUCCUGCACCAAGAAAUUUCCCUUUAUUUGCAAACAUAAAGGAUUGAGUAAGAAUAUCGCAUGUUCUUCUCAACCACUGAUAUUCGGCCGUCAUGACAUCACAAACAAAAUGAUGGAUCCGUCUACGCUCUGGGUUUCUUGCAAUGGCACAGACACGUUCACGCUGACUUGUUCAAAGAGUACUGGUGAAUGGAAACUGGUAGGUGGAUCAGAGACAGACAUAGAAGGACUUUGUCUCGAAUGUGAAAAAGGCUACAAAAAAAAUAAAGAUGGAAUCUGUGUGGAUAUAGAUGAAUGUAAGCAAUCCAAUAAUUGUAAAUUCAAUUGCAUUAAUACACAAGGCUCCUAUAGCUGUUUGUAUGUUGAUGAUAUGAACAAUGUUCAUAGUGAAGACUCAGAAAUAUUCAAGAAAACACAAACAGCCACUGAUGCCACUAACAAAGUCCAGGAUAAACCAACCUCCUAUUUCAUGGACAAGAAGUAUCCUCCUUCAUCUCAACCAGCCACUUACAGUACUACUGAAAGUGCAGUUCUUAUUGAGCAAAGCACUGGAGACCUGUCAAAUAUUGUCUUCCCUCUAAUUAUAGCUUUGCUGAUCUUUGUGGUGCUGGUCGUGAUUAUUGUGGCCAUUGUGAAAUACUGCCUCAUGAGAAGUGCUAGGAAACAGGCAAAGAAAAGGGCAGCAGCCUUGAAAGAAUCAGUUGCUCUAAAUGGAUCAGACUCUAUGGAAAAAGUGAAUGAAUAAUCGGCUAAGCAAAUGUCUUGACUGAAACGACAGACAUGUCUUUGUGUCCACAUGGGUUUUUUCUGGGUUUCUCCUGUUUCUAUCCAUAUCCCAAAACGUGCUAGUAGAUUGGCUAGUUUAAAUAGCCCCUUUAAGGUAUGAAUGAGUGAAAAUAUAUGUGUGUGUGUGUGUGUGUGUGUGUGUGUGUGUGUGUGUGUGUGUUCCUGCCUCACACCCAAUAUUCCCAGGAUAGGCUCUGGAUCCACUGCCACCCUGACCGGGAUAAAAAGGCUAAAGAAGAUGAAGGAAUGAAGAAACAUAAAAUAUUGUGAAAGAACUCAGUGGUCUCACUGGAAAUACCUAAAAGGCACUGAAUAUAUAUAUAUAUAUAUAAGCUUACCAUUUCUGUUUAAUGCUUGCUUUUAUUUUAUUUUUUAUUCCUGAAAUCAUGCUUUUAGCUUUGUUUUAGGCAGAUAUAAAUUCAAAAGUUUUUUAUGAGAGGUGUAAUUUGAGAGAGAUUUGAGUUGGCUACCUUAGAAUGAAUGUGUUUGUAUGAAAGUUCACAGGUCUUGCAACGAUCUAUAAAGUGAUUUACUUUUUUAUGUCUGAA